ACCCGUAUACCCUACCUAAAUUAUAAAAAACAAAAAUCAAAAGUAUUAAAAUAAUAAUAAUAGUAAUCAUAGAACUUGAUGGUUCAAUCGCAUGGCUUCCUCCUCCUCUUCUCACCAGACUCACACUCCUCUCCCUUCCGACCCCGGCGGUGGUAAACCACUAGAUCAUGAGGUUCCGAUACAUGUUGUGACCGAGCCUUCUCAACUUCCGGCCGAGUUCCUUAACCCUUCAGCCGCGAAGCAAUUGAUCAUUGGGUUUGACUGCGAGGGUGUUGAUCUUUGUCGCCAUGGAACUCUCUGUAUUAUGCAGCUUGCAUUUCCGGAUGCUAUAUAUUUGGUCGAUGCCAUUAAGGGUGGAGAGUCUCUCAUCAGAGCAUGUAAGCCUGCGCUCGAGUCUAGUCACAUCACAAAAGUUAUCCAUGACUGCAAACGGGAUAGCGAGGCAUUAUAUUUUCAGUUUGGCAUCAAGUUGCACAAUGUUGUUGAUACCCAGAUUGCUUAUUCUCAGAUAGAGGAGCAAGAAGGACGGACUAGAUUGCCUGAUGACUAUAUAUCAUUUGUUGGCCUCCUUGCAGAUCCACGCUAUUGUGGCAUAUCUUAUCUGGAGAAGGAAGAGGUUCGUGUUCUCCUCCGACAGGAUCCUAUGUUCUGGACAUACAGGCCAUUAUCUGAAAUGAUGAUCCAUGCAGCUGCAGAUGAUGUUCGCUUUCUUCUCCGUAUCUAUUAUAAGAUGAUGGAAAAGCUCAACCAGAGAUCUUUAUGGUAUCUUGCAGUUCGAGGGGUGUUGUAUUGUCGAUGUUUCUGCAUCAAUGAGAAUGAUUAUGCUGAUUGGCCCCAUAUCCCUCCUAUUCCAGAUAACCUCAUCAUCGAGGAUAAUGCUCCUGAAGAAGAAAUCCUUUCUGUACUUGAUGUUCCCCCAGGAAAGAUGGGACGUGUUAUUGGAAGACGAGGAGCAUCCAUUUUGUCAGUAAAGGAAUCUUGCAAGGCGGAGAUUUUCAUUGGAGGUGCAAAGGGUCCAACUGACAAGGUAUUCAUAGUAGGACCGGUGAAACAAGUGAGGAAAGCUGAAGCCAUGUUGAGGGGGAAAAUGCUGGAUAUAUUUUAGGGAGCUGGAUUUGUCAUGCUUGUUCAACUUAAUCUUCAGUGUAAAAAUGGCAAGUUUGAGACAAAAUUUGCCUUCUUAGACUUCCGAUGACUUGCCUCCCAAUCUGAUCACGAUAAUGCUAAUUUGUUCGGUGAUUUGCGGGUUUCAUGUGGUUUGAUACAA